AUGUCUGCAAGCGGCAAGAUCUCUGUUCCCGAAGGAGUAGUCAAUUGGCUGUUCAAGGUCAUCCAGCCCAUCUAUGACGAUGGAAGAAGAACAUUCCACGACUCGUUGGCGCUGCUGGACAAAUUCCACCGUUUGAGGCCAAGGACAAGGGUAUUCACACAUUCCGACGGCAGUCCGCAGUUGCUGUUGUCCAUUUAUGGGACUGUCGGCGACAGCCUGCCCUUGAUCAUGUGGAUACCCAGCCUGUACCCGGUAAAACCCCCCUUCAUAAGUAUAGACUUGGAAACAUUCGAUGUGAGCGCAAUCAGUAGUUCCUUGCCCGUUCAAGCGUACAUUGACUCUGAUGGCAGGGUUGCGCUGCCCAUACUCGAUCACUGGAACCCUGCGACGAUGGGCCUUAUAGUCGUUGUGCAAGAAUUGAUGAGUCUUUUGAGUGAGCCAUCGCAAGACCGGGUGCCCAGCCUACCGCCAAAGCCCGACGCAAUGCACUCUCCACUAAAACACACAGUGCCCCCCCUACCACCGAAGCCCAAGUUCCCACACGUGCAGCCGCCAUUGCCGCCACCUCCACCACCGCAACCACCCUCCAGUGCGGUCGACCUGAUGGACAUGGACAACACGGAUCUCUCCCCCACCAACCACCAUGAAAUGCUGCAGAAUCUGCAGUCCGUGCUCAACGAGCUGUACCGCGAAGACGUGCACUACGUGGCGGACAAGAUACUGACAAGACAGACCAUCAUGCAAGACUCGGUCGCCAGGUUCCACGAAAUGGUCGCGGUCGACAAGACCCGCCUGCAGGCCGUGGAACAGACCAUCGAGCAGACCAUGCACACGCUAAAUGCUCAGAUAGAAGUCUUGACAGCGGAAAGGGCCACGGUCCAGGAGUUCUCCUCAACCUCGCCGUUCGACGACGAGGACGUCGACACCAUAGCCGUGGCGCAAACCGACGGGCUCAACCAGCUGUACCAGCUGGUCGCCAAGGACUACGCCCUCACGGACACCAUCGAAUGUCUGUCCCGCAUGCUGCACCGUGGCAGCGUACCCCUCGACACUUUUGUCAGGCAGAGUCGGGAACUGGCACGCCAGCAGUUCCUUGUGCGAUGGCACAUCCAACGAAUCACCUCACCGUUAGCGUGA